AGCAGUGGGGGAGCAGGAGGUGAUACAGCGGGAGAUACAGCGAGGGUCUCAUUACUGGAUUAUUACCGCCGCCUCGCAGCCUGGGAUUUACAAAGGGCUCCGUGCGCUGUGUGUGGCCGAGGAGUUACCGGGAGCUGGCAUUGCAGGAUUUUCUGUGAGGAGCUCAAAAUGCCGCAAACCACAAAUUAUCCAAGUCGGAACUACGACUAUGAGUAUGACUCCAUUCAACCAUUUUUCUACUUUGAUGAAGAGGAGAACUUCUAUCAGCAGCACAACAGAUUGCAGCCUCCAGCUCCCAGUGAGGACAUCUGGAAGAAGUUUGAGCUCUUACCCACUCCACCCCUGUCCCCCAGCCGUCGAUCUAGUCUAUCCAGCCUCUUCCCUUCCACAGCUGAUCAGCUGGAGAUGGUCACAGAGUUCCUGGGAGGGGAUAUGGUCAAUCAGAGUUUUAUCUGUGAGCCGGACGAUGAGGCAUUUGUGAAGUCUAUAAUCAUUCAGGACUGCAUGUGGAGUGGUUUCUCAGCAGCUGCUAGGCUGGAGAAGGUGGUGUCCGAAAAGCUUGCAUCCUACCAGGCUUCUAGGAAGGAGAACUCCAUGUCUUCUCAAUCCCAAAGCCCGCAGCAGCAAAGCCCUCAGAAGACAGAAUCCUGUUCAGGAAACCUAAACCUCAGUGGAACCAAUAGGGUUAGUCAAGACUACUUGCAGGAUCCCAGUUCUGAUUGCAUAGAUCCGUCUGUGGUUUUUCCCUACCCACUGAAUGACACUAUUUCCAAAGCCAACUCUAGCUGCCUAGAUAUCAUCCUGGACACCCCACCAAUAAGCAGUAACGGCAACAGCAGUGAAUCAGAAGAGGAACAAGAUGAUGAUGAAUAUGAGGAAGAGCAAGACGAGGAUGAAGAUGAGGAGGAAGAGGAUGAAGAAGAGAUUGAUGUUGUCACAGUUGAAAAAAGACAAAGUGCAACAAAAAGAAAUGAAUCAAACACUUACUCUUCACAAUCUAGACCUCACCACAGUCCUCUAGUCUUAAAGCGAUGUCAUGUAUCUACCCACCAACACAACUACGCUGCCCCUCCCUCCACAAAAAUGGACUACCCAUCUUCCAAAAGGGCAAAGUUGGAGAGCAACACCAGAGUUCUUAAACAGAUCAGCAACAACCGCAAGUGCUCGAGUCCCAGGUCGUCAGACUCUGAGGAGAAUGACAAGAGAAAGACACAUAAUGUUCUUGAACGUCAGAGGAGAAACGAGCUCAAGUUAAGUUUCUUUGCCCUUCGCGAUCAGGUACCAGAGGUAGCAAACAACGAGAAGGCCCCCAAAGUGGUCAUCCUCAAAAAAGCAACAGAAUAUGUAAUUUCUAUGCAGGAAGAUGAGCGACGGCUACAACGAGAGGCAGAACAGUUGAAAUUAAAAAAAGAACAAUUAAAACACAGACUUCAACAGCUAAGGAACUCGAAUAUGUAAACCUUAACGGGAACAUAAGACUUAUUAAAACUUUGACCAUUAAAUAUAAGGUGGUCUCAACAAAAGACCUCUGAACUACUUGACUGGACAUAAUUGCAUGCACAUGAUUCAAAACUACACAACCUUGGCGUGGUCUCUUCAGACUUUGCCAGCACCUUAAAACUGCCUCAUUAAUUUUGAAAUGGGAAUACGGGAUAGAACUUUUUUUUUUUUUUUUUUUUUUCUGCUUGGGGUGGGGGAGGGGUGGAUUUUUUUUAAUUUAGUUUUUGUUUUACAGAAUAUUUGUAUUUAAGACGUUUAUUUUUCUUACAAACGAUACUGAAGUUUUGUUCUAAAAUAGCUUCUAUAAUCUAUUGCUGAUGUGUAUAAUAUCCUUACUGAGAUCUUUAUAGAAGAUUACUCUAUUAAUAUUCACUUCUCUAACCAGAAAUGCAGGGCAAAAAAAGGGCAGAUUAGCACACGUGUCUUUCCUGCCAUGCCGCAUUUAUUAAAAAUGUUUGUGGUUUUCUUAUAUUUAAGUACAUUUAUAUUAUCAAAAGUUGUUUGCUAUUCCUGUAUUUGAUCUGUCAUCUCAAAUUCUGAAGUCCUGAUGAAGGCGAAGCUGACCAACAUGUGACUUAAUAAU